UCGUUUUGGGGAUUGCAACGAAUUUUUAUUAUAAGAGCCAGGCCAAAGAACCAAAAUUUGCACAUAGGAAGCGUCGAAUCCGACAAUUCGAAUUUCAAUCAGCAUCAUCCUCCUCUUGAUAUGCCAACAAUUCGGUACAAUUACCGGUUCGGAAGUGAAAUGUGUGAUGAAUGGUACCGACACGUGUGAGGUGUUCGAACCGAUCAAUGGAACCGAUGAAUCGCUAACGAUAAUCACCGCAUCAGAUCAGGAUGAUAAAUCUAUCCUGCACAUCCACCUAUUCAACGUAUUAGACGCCAUUCCGAGAACAUUUUUCCAACGAUUUCCCGGAAUUUUACAUGCUGAAAUGAAGCCCGGUGUCAAGGCGAUAUCGCAAAGUGAUUUCACCGAUGCCAAAAGCUUACUUUAUCUGGAGUUGAAGGAAAAUCAUUUGGAAAUUGUACCGAAAGAAGCAUUUGCUGGUGCUGUUGCAUUGGGAGUACUAAACUUGGAGUCGAAUGUGAUCCGCGACGUUGAAGAUUAUGCCUUUUCCGGUUUGAUUGCAUUAACCGAACUUUUAUUAAAUAAAAAUAAUUUGACAAUAAUCCGAAGAUUAACCUUCGCUGGGGCGACCAGCUUGGAACGACUGGAUUUAGAGGAAAACCAAAUCGAAGUAGUAGAAGAGGGGGCUUUUGAUAGUGAAAGUUUAAAGUACAUUUUCUUCAGCUCAAAUCGAGUCAAACAACUGCCUGACAACAUUUUUGUUAACACUCCCAGUUUGGAAAAUGCCUACUUCAGUUCGAAUGGAAUGACAGAAAUCGGCGGAGCCUUUUACAACAUAAAAAGUCUGCGCAACGUAGCUUUUCGUCACAGCCAUUUGAAAGACGUCGAUCUCUACGACUUCGUGAAAGCCAAUCCGGACUUGGAAAGCAUUGACAUGGAAGAUACUUAUUUCGACUUCAGAAAUCCAGCAAAACCGGCCGAAACCUUCCCUAAUAAAUUGAGGGACCUGUUCCUCACCAAUAACAACAUUUCCAGUUCCAAUUUUCUGGAUCACUUAGAAGCCUUCAAAGAUCUUCGUGUCAUAGACAUUGCAUUCAAUAAUAUUACUCAGAUUGAUGGCAUUGAGACCAUUGAACAGAGAUUUCCGAAGCUUGAAAUUAUUAUUUAUCCUGGCAAUCCGUUGAGCUGUGCAUGGAUCGAGUCAACGUCUUUCGAUCGAAAAUUGUUUGAUGUUCCUCUCUAUCACGAGCUUGACUUCAAUGCGGCGGACUAUUCGGUGGUCGAUGGAAUUUAUUGUAAGAAGUGAAUUUCAUUUUCUGAUGUAGAAUAGGCUUUGUCCAAUAAAAAAUUUAAUUUUUCAAUUAAAAUGUUGAGUUCCGACGAAAAUCAUAUUUCGC